GUAGACUCACCUGGUUUCCUGUAAAUAGAGAGGGGGGAACCUCAGUGUAAAUGUGAUCCAGGUACAGAAGCCAACACUCUAAAGUCCAUUUAGAGAGAAAAUAGCAUAAGGAAGAAAAGUUAAUUAAACACCAAGAAGAAGAAGAAAAUUUGAGGAGGUAGAAAGUGUGAAUCCAGCAGCAUGAAUCAGUGUGAGGACAGAGAGGAGGGAGCCCCUCCCUCUAAAAUCAGAAGAAUGGAGAUAAAGAGAGAGGAUCAGAGGUCCCAUCAGAGACGAGGAUCUGCUGAACCUGAGCCUGGACCUGGACCUGAACCUGGACCUGGACCCAGCUGUGUGUCCUUCAAGAGCGACUGGUCAAAUGAGUAUGUUAUUAAUUUCAAAGACCAACCUGUAUCAGAGUCACAGUCCCAACAGAGACGAGGAUCUGCUGAACCUGAACCUGGACCUGGACCUGAACCUGGAUCCAGCUUUGUGUCCUUCAAGAGCGACUGGUCGAAGGAUGAUAUUAUUAAUUUCAAAGACCAACCUGUAUCAGAGUCACAAGUGGACCAGCAGAGCUCAGAGGUUCCCAGUGCUCAGUCUGUCCAGCAGCACCAAACACAGCUGGACUCCAUAUUUAUGCUGCUGGAGGAAAACAUUGUCACGUUUGUGAAGAAGGAGCUGAAGAAGAUGCAGAAGGUUCUGAGUCCAGAUUACCCACAAUGCUUAGAGAGUCAGAGGGAGGAUGAGGAGGAGUUGGAUGGUGAGGAUGAAGAGCAGAGGAGGAGCAGCAGAGACGCAUUUCUAAAGAUCACAGUGAACUUCCUGAGGAGGAUGAAGCAGGAGGAGCUGGUUGACUGUCUGCAGAAACCAGAUCUGAUGGUUCCAGUACCAGAGCCGCAGCUCAUCACAUAUUACCAGCAGAUGCUUCAAUCAAACCUCCAAGACCAGUUUCUGUGUGUGAAACCAGGCUGGUCAGAAGUCGACCAACGUCUGGAUGACAUCUACACAGAGCUGUACAUCACAGCUGGGCCGGAUUCACACAUCAACACACAGCAUGAGGUCCAACAGGUUGAGACGACACAGCAGAAGCAAAGAUCAGCAGAGGAGCCAGUGAAGCCCAGUGACCUGUUCAAACAUCCCCCUGGUAAAUACAGAUGCAUCAGAACAGUGUUGACCAAUGGAAUUGCUGGGAUUGGAAAAACAGUCCUUGUGAACAAGUUUGUGUUGGACUGGACCCAACAAAGGUCCAAUCAAGACGUGCAUCUGAUUUUCCCCUUCACCUUCCGUCGGCUGAAUCCACUGAAGGGACAGAAGUUUAGUUUGUCAGAGCUCAUUCAUGAAUGUAUCCCAGAAACUGAGUCCAUCAGCCUGGAGGCUCUGAAUUACAUCUUUACACAUCUACAGUCAUCAGGAAACAGCAACUAUGACAAGAGCAGCUUCAAACUUCUGUUUGUGUUUGAUGGACUGGACGAGAGUCGCCUCCAACUGGACUGUAGCACCAGUGAGAAGGAGACGGGUCAACGUGACGUCACAGAGUCCACCUCAGUGGAUGAGCUGCUGACAAACCUCAUCAGAGGAAAACUACUACGCUCUGCUCGCAUCUGGAUCACCACACGACCUGCAGCAGCCAAUCAGAUUCAUGGAGACUUUGUUGACGUGGUGACGGAGGUCAGAGGGUUCACUGACCCACAGAAGGAGGAGUUCUUCAGGAAGAGAUUCACAGAUGAGGAGCAGAGCAACACAAUCAUGUCCCACAUCAAGACGGCACGAAGCCUCCACAUCAUGUGCCACAUCCCAGUCUUCUGCUGGAUCACUGCUACGGUUCUGGAGGAUCUGCUGGAAACCAGAGAAGGAGGAGAGCUGCCCAAGACCCUGACGGAGAUGUACGCAGAGUUCCUGGGGUUUCAGAUGGAUCGGACUAAAGACAAGUACGGACCAGAACAGAGCAGCAACUACAUCAAGUCAUUGGCUAAACUGGCUUUUAAGCAGCUGCUAAAGGGAAACUUGAUCCUUUAUGAGGAAGAUCUGAAAGAGAGCGGCAUCGAUGUCAGAGGAGCCUCAGUGUGUUCAGGAGUGUUCACAGAGAUCUUUAAACAGGAGCGAGGGAGGAAAACCAAGGACAAGAUGUUCAGCUUUGUUCAUCUGAGCGUUCAGGAGUUUCUGGCUGCUGUUCACAUGAUGCUCUGUUACACCAACGGGAAGAUGAAGGAACUGGAGGAGUUUCUGAUAGAAUCCAAUGCUGCUCUGGAUGUUGUCGUACGUAAAACCAUGGAGGAAUCCCUCCUCAGUCCAAGUGGCCACCUGGACCUGUUUGUUCGCUUCCUUCAUGGCCUCUGUCUGGAGUCCAACCAGAGAAUCUUAGGAGGUUUGCUGGGUCACACAGAGAACAGUCCACAAACCAUCCAGACAAUCAUCAACAACCUGAAGAUUAAGAACAGUUACAGUAUCUUUCCAGACAGAAGCAUCAACAUCUUCCACUGUCUGAUGGAGAUGAACGACCACUCAGUCCAUCAGCAGAUCCAAGAGUUCCUGAAGUCAGAGAACAGAUCAGAGAAGGAACUCUCCUUGAUCCAGUGCUCAGCUCUGGCCUACAUGCUGCAGAUGUCAGAGGAGGUUCUGGAUGAGUUGGACCUGAACCAGUACAACACAUCACUGGAGGGACGACAGAGACUGAUUCCAGUUGUGAGGAACUGCAGAAAGGCUCAACUUUCUAGAUGUGGACUCACAAAGACUCACUGUGAAGUUGUGGCCUCAGCUCUGAAGUCCAACCCGUCACAUCUGACACAUCUGGACCUGAGCUACAACAACCUGCACGACUCAUCAGUGAAGGUUCUGUGUGCUGGACUGGAGAGUCCUCACUGUCGACUGGAGACACUGAGAUUGAGACGCUGCAGUUUGUCAGAGAUCAGCUGUGAUUCUCUGGUCUCAGCUCUGAAGUCCAACCCGUCACAUCUGAUACAACUGGACCUGAGCUUUAACAAGCUGCAGGAUUCAGGAGUGAAGCAUCUGUGUGGUUUUCUGGAGAGUCGUCACUGUCGACUGGAGACUCUGAGAUUAAGCGGCUGCAGUUUGUCAGAGAUCAGCUGUGAUUCUCUGGUCUCAGCUCUGAAGUCCAACCCGUCACAUCUGACACAACUGGACCUGAGUCUUAACAACUUGCAGGAUUCAGGAGUGAAGCAUCUGUGUGGUUUUCUGGAGAGUCGUCACUGUCGACUGGAGACUCUGAGAUUGUGGCGCUGCAGUUUGUCAGAGAUCAGCUGUGAUUCUCUGGUCUCGGCUCUGAAGUCCAACCCGUCACAUCUGACACAACUGGACCUGAGCUACAACAACCUGCAGUAUUCAUCAGUGAAGCAUCUUCGUGACCUGGUGCAGAGUCCAGACUAUGGACUGCAGACUCUGAGCUGGAGAUGAUCCAGAUGUAGAAGCAGCAGCAGUGUGUGUGGAGGUUCUGACUGGUCCAUGUUACUGGGAGCAGAGCUUCAUCCACAACUGACUGACAGAGGAACCAGAACCAGUGGAGACGACUCUCAGUGUGAACUGAUCUGAGACCAGCUGCUCUGUGUCCAGUCCAUGUGGGAAAUGAAGUGUUGACUGUACAGUAAUUCUUCUUGUUAAAAAAAACUGAUGUAUUUUCAUGUGUAUAAUUUACUAACUUGCUUGCAUUUUGUAUAAACAAUGUUUUCACACACUAAUGCUCUAGUGUUGUAAUAUAAAGUAGACGUGUUAAUUCUCAUUUUCUUCACCAACAAAAGUUUGAUGUCGUACAGAAAAGCUCACAGACAAGAAACCAAAAACACAGAAGUCAUUCAAUAACUUUAGAAAUUGACCAGAAUGAAUGAGAAGCUGCUGGCUCCAUUGAAGUGAUGGUGAAUCUUUAACACAAACACGACACAGAAGACGAGUUAAACGUGUGAUCUGACAACGCAGUGACAACAGCUGUUGGCUCCAACGUAGCAAGUGGAGACGCUUCAGGAUUCAAGAUUCAAAAAACUGUUUUAAUUUAAAGUUAAUUUGAUUGUUGCUGCAGGAUGUACAUGUUAUAUAUGUUUAAUGCAUUCCGACUUUUUGUUUGAGCAACCGUGGAAAAGAAUCCUAUCAAUUAAGACUUAUUUAGUUUAUUUCACAGUGAAAUAAACAUGUUUUUGAUAAUAUUUUUAUAGUUAAUGCUGGUUAAAUUCAAUCAUGGCUCCAAAGACAAAAGGCAGAGGUUUCACAUUUGAUUCUUUAUUGAAAGCAGAGCGUAGCAGUUCAGGAGCAGACUCACUUCCUCUUUUAACUCAUGUAACUACAACACGAGCGACGUUCAAACUGCGUCAGGUUGUUUCUUGUACAACUACAUUUACUUAAAUCGUGUACAGACAAGGCAUUAACACCACAUUUACACGGCAUCGUCAUGGACAGAUAACAUGCUUCUUCCUGCUUCAAACUGCUGCCGUCACUAAGAGCAACCAGUGCAGCGUUCAGAAGUCGGUCGCCAGUUAAUGUGGUCAUGGGUUAAUACGAAACACUGGUCCGUGAAAAUAUUGUGACAUUAAACUGGUCCGUGAAAAUAUUGUGACAUUAAACCGGUUUGUGGCGCAAAAAAGGUUGGAGACUCUUGAUUUGCUGUUUGUACAGUAUUUUGGCAUAAGUUUCUUUUUUGUGACAUCAUCAUUUUAGACAGUUGUUAUCUACAGUACGUGAUUGAGGUCUAUGAGGUUGAAUUGGUUGAAUGAUAUUGAUUAUGUGUUAAAGCUAGUUAAAACUGUGAAAUAAAAAUAUGGUAAAGUUAA